GCUAGAAACCUCUGGCACACGAUAAAACCCUUGAAAGAAGUCUCGUCAAACACGACCUGCCAAUUCUUCCUCGAUUCGCACUAUUCUCCGAUCUCUUGUGGAAAUGGACGCGGCCAAAGCGAAGGAGUUGAGGCUGUUCGUGGAGCGGUGCAAGGGGAACCCCGCUGUCCUCGCAGACCCUGCCAUCUCCUUCUUCCGCGACUACCUCGAGAGUUUGGACGCAAAGCUUCCGCCGGCGGCUUACAAGACCGGUGCGUCGCCUCGGGCACGGGAUGCGAAAAGCUCAAUGGUGGAGGAAAUAGACGAGGAUGAGGAUCUUGAUUGGGUUGAUCAUACUGUAGAUCAUGAAUCUGAUGAUGAAAUUAUUGAAUCUGACAUUGAGCUGGAAGGAGAUAUCGUAGAAGCUGAUAAUGAUCCUCCUCAAAAGAUGGGAGAUCCAUCUGUUGACGUCACAGAUGAAAAUCGUGAAGCUUCUCAAGAGGCUAAGGGGAGAGCUAUGGAGGCAAUUUCAGAAGGGAGAUUUGAGGAGGCAAUUAAGCAUCUGACAGACGCAAUAUUAUUGAACCCAAAAUCUGCGAUCAUGUAUGCUACUAGAGCAUCCGUGUAUAUCAGGAUGAAGAAACCUAAUGCUGCAAUUCGUGAUGCAACUGCUGCCUUAGAGAUCAACCCUGAUUCUGCAAAAGGGUACAAAAGUCGGGGCAUUGCUUUAGCUAUGCUUGGGAAAUGGGAGGAAGCUGCUAAGGAUUUGCAUGUGGCAUCCAAGUUGGAUUAUGAUGAGGAGAUAAGUUCUGUGCUAAAAAGGGUUGAGCCCAAUGCACACAAGAUUGAAGAACAUCGGAGGAAGUAUGACCGACUACGUAAAGAGCGAGAAGAAAUGAAACUCGAACGUGAGAGGCAGCAUCGACAAGCUGAGACUCAGGCUGCUUAUGAGAAGGGUAAAAAAAAAGAGCAAUCAUCAAGUAGAACAUCAGGAAGCAUGCCUGGAGGUACUCCUGGAGGAAUGCCUGGAGGUUUCCCUGGUGCUAUGCCCGGAUCUGUGCCUGGAAAUAUUGAUAUGAGCAAGAUUCUGAAUGAUCCUGAGCUAAUGGCAGCCUUUAGUGAUCCAGAAAUCAUGGCUGCUCUUCAAGAUGUCAUGAAGAACCCUGCAAAUUUUGCUAAACACCAAGCAAACCCCAAAGUUGCUCCUGUGAUUGCGAAGAUGAUGGCAAAAUUUUCUGGACCUAAAUAAAGGCGUCCUCAUCUAAGGAUGAUCAAUAAAAGACGGUUGAGUUUUUUUCAUUUUUGUGAGUUGUGGUUACUUUUGGUUUCUGCGAGUAAUUCUAGUGUAAUUGAUUGGUUGCUAUAGUUGCUCCUGGUAAGAUUGUAGGGACUCAAAUGUUUAAUUUGGGAGAUGAGCGCCUGAUGUGGUCAUGAAUGUAGCUUCGUGGAAAGUUUUGAAGUGCUCUUUGAGGUCCUUAUAAUCCUAAAUGUCAUGAUCAUGAUUCGGGUUAAUUAUAAAUUAUUAUUUUAG